GGUAUUGACCGUGCUCACAUGAUUUUUCAUUGAUACAUAAUAAUCGUAAUGAGACUAUUCGUGUGUAUUAUUAUGUGACGUAUGCACACAUACACGUAGAAAAAUUGUGCGGGAUUUCAGAAAAGUAAAAUGCAAACAUCGACGAACACGAUAUCAAUGAUUUCCGCCCGUUUCCGCCUCCUUCCUACGUGUAUUAUAUAUCUCUACGUUCCUCGUGAUUCAGAUUUAUACAUUUAGACUGAUUUAGACGAUGAAAAUUAUUGCGGAUGCAGCAAGCUCGACAAACGAAACGCGAAGCGUGCCCAAGUGUAACGCGUAACACUAGUUCGCUUGUUGAGUUCAGGUUCAGUUCGGAUUCCACAAUUCAAUGUUCAAGUCCUGAGUUUGAUUUGCUACAUUCUGGAGGGCAAAGGGGGUAAAGUGCACGUGCACAGAAAAAUUGUAGGCUAUCUAUAUUGAUCUAUAAGACGAACGACUCCGAGUAAUUUUUAUUUUUUUUUGUUGUAACUUUAUGUGCGUUACGUGAUCGUUAUAAAUUGAUCGUCGAUGUAGUAUAAAGUUUUACGCUCGAGAAAGAGCGUAUCGAAACAUCGAAUUAGUAGACAUUCGAGUACCUGUAUACUAAUUAUUAACGGUGAUAACGAGGAUGAAUUGCGUGACGAUAACCCAUGCGACAAGUGAAGAUUAGAACGAUUUUUUAUAAUUCUAUCCAGAUCGUUCUAAACUGCUUGUAAUUGGUAGAUUUUUUAUCUUCACUCCCAACUCUAUACGGUAUAUAGAACUGUGCGUAUUUGGAAAAUGAUUGGAAACGUGAAUAAGGAAUUGCUACCUAUAAAGGCACAUUACUUUUUAUUCAAUGCGGCUACUGGACCGAUAGUACCAUUUUUACCAACAAUAGCGAAACAAUUAGGUUUUUCUGGAUUUCUAGUGGGCACAAUAUAUAUGAUACUGCCGAUAUCUGGUUUACUGGCAAAACCCCUGUUCGGAGCAUUAGCAGACAAAUUUCGAAUACACAAGCUAUUGUUUUUGAUAUUCCAAGUCGUAGUAGCGAUAUCUUUGUUCUCUAUAUAUUUUAUACCCGAGAUUCGCAGAGAAAAUGUUGCUCUUAUUUGCAAUGGGGACGCAUCGUUGGAGAUAUGCUCAGAAAAUGGGUUCUCGCCGGAGCUUGUACAUAAAAUGACAGCAGAUACAGUCCAUUUGAAUGUAUCCUGCCAGAUGUCGUGCAAAGGCUCGCAGGAGAUCUAUACAGAGAUGUGUUUAUACUGGAACGCGACACAAUUCUGUGAGUCGGCAAAUUCUACCUCUAUUUUGGAUACAGAAACUUUCGAUUUCACUUUAACUUUCGAUGUGUACCACGACGCCUAUAUAAACAAGUGCGCAUACAUACGUAUAUUUUCCGCGAAAUUCUUAGACGACGAGGUACAGAACAAACACAAACCAGCUUGCAAACACUACGCGAGAACGUUGUGCACGGCUACGUGCCACGACAAUCCAACCUUCGAUGAAGUAUUUCACGAAGCCGAUGUGCCUCAGAACAUUACGCAAAACGCGACGUAUCAAUUUCAUUCAUUUUUAUGGGCGACUAUAAUAAGCUGGAUUGGAAUGGCGGUUGUAGUCACCAUGGCCGAUGCUAUAUGCUUCGAUCUUCUCGGUAACGAUAGGAGAAAAGAAUAUGGAAAACAAAAGAUGUGGAGCAGCAUCGGUUUCGGUAUUUUUGGUACAAGCGCAGGAUAUCUAGUAGAUUUAUUCAGCGAAGGAAAGUUUCAGAAAAAUUACUCUUGCAUAUUUUAUAUAGCGUUGGUUAUCAUGAUAUUCGACGUUCUAACAUCUACAACUUUGAGGAAGAAAAAUGCCGAACAAUCUGAGGCUCAAGAACCGUCGAUAUUAUGGGAACUAUUGACCAUUUUUAAAGACGGUAACGUGUUGGCGUUUGGAUGGUGGUGCAUAGGUGCUGGAAUGUGUACCAGUGUUGUAUGGAACUUUCUAUUCUGGUACACCGAAGACCUAGCGACUAGUUCUCAAAUAACGCGACUAAAAACUUUACAAGGCCUUUUGACCGGCGUACAGUGUUUUUUAGGCGAACUGCCAUUCAAUUUUAUUUCGGGAGAUGUGUUACGAAAGUUGGGUCACGUAAACGUAAUGAGCCUAGUUUUACUGAUGUACGCGAUUAGAUUUAUGGCAUACAGUACUGUAUCGAAUCCAUGGUGGUUUUUAAUCAUCGAGAUUCUUCACGGGCCAUCGCUUGGCCUCUGUUGGCCUACGAUGGUAUCAUACGGUGAUAAAGUAACACCACCUGGAACUAAAGGGACUGUACAAGGUUUCACCGGUGCUAUAUUCGAAGGAAUCGGAGUAUCAAGUGGCAGUUUGAUAUGUGGGUGGUUGAUGGACAGUUACGGCGGUGUUACAACGUUACGGGUAUUUUCCAUGGGUGCGUUGUUGUGGCUAACAUUAUUUUGGCUCGUUCAAUUGUUGGUACGAAAAUUGAAAAUGUCACCGGCACACAUGGGUCAUAAUCAUUUGGCAAGUUACGCUAAUCCAGACGACGCGAUACUUAUGACUAUGAGUCGCGAAUUACAAACUUAUUGAUAAAACUAAAAGAAAAUGACGCACGUUCUGCUCUUUUAAGGAAUUUGGUACUACUAUUUGUAUCGUUUGCCAAUUGUUCGUUUAUUCGUUAGGUACUUACAAGAUGGUAUCGACCGAAGAUAUAGUUAAACGUGUAUGUAUACUUUUCGCGUGAUCGUAGAGUACAGUUUUACUCUUUACGCGUACAGUGCGCGCGUGUUUUAUGUAUCAAAUACGAUCUUUACAUUAUUCUCUACACGUUUUAUACCGAGAUCAUCGUCAGUAUUACGUAAUAAUUGUAAGCGUCGAUUCGAUAUAAUAUAUUGAUUUCUUUUGUAAAACGACA